UUCAUUCCCCGCUAGUGGAGGAAACUGCGAACGCUCCCUCCUUCUAUUCUAACCUCCUUGGUUUCUGUUUGGAAUUGAGUGAAAGAUCAAAACAUAAUCGUGGCUUUGCUUUUGUGAGAAGAUUGUUAAGUAGAGAAUAAGAUUAGAUUUUAAAUGCGGUGUAUAUUUUGGCAAUUUUACUGUUUUGCCGUGCCGUUAAUGUACGUUAAUACAAGGCAUUUCACGAACGAUGUUAAAUUUAAGGCUUGUGAUUUCUACUAUUGUAAUGAUAAUUGAGCUUGGAAUCUCUUCGACACACUAUCAGCUGAAAUACUAUGAAAUUUUAAGAGCAUCUGAUUUUGGACAUAGUAUUGCAAAACGAGGAAUACAUCCAAGCUCACACCAUUUUAACACAGUUAAAGAGUUGUCUUUUAAAGCUUUGGGGAGAAAGUUUCGUCUGAUAUUAAAUCCUGCUCAAGGGCUGUUGUCUCCCCGAUUUAAAGCAUUUACAGUGGAUAAAACUGGUCGUAAGCAAUCUCUCUGGGUGGAUAAAGAUACAUUCUUUGAAGGAAGAGUAUUUGGGGAAAAAUUCACUCAUGUUAGCGCUCAUAUUGAUGAUGGUGUUGUGACUGCAGCUAUUCGAACAGCUGAAGAUACAUAUUUGAUUGAACCGUCCUGGAGGCAUAUACCUGGGGAAGAUAACUCUAGUAUGAUAGUUUACAAAGAAUCAGAUGUAAAAUACAGUUGGGAAAGUAUGCAGAAGGAAAAGCAACGAACAAAGUUCUGCACUUAUGUAAAAGAGGAGGCUAAUGUUAGUGUGAACACAGAUGAAGAAACUGGAAGUAAUAGUCAUGAAAAGGUGAUUAAUAAAAGGCAGGCAAUUGAUCCUUAUAACUGGGAGCCAGUUCAAACACGAUGUUCUCUUCUUCUUGUGGCUGACUUUAGGUUUUAUGAAAAUAUGGGUGGUAGCAACUUAAAAGGAACAAUAAAUUUUUUAAUAUCAUUGAUUGAUAGAGUAAAUAAGAUAUUUUUGGAAACGGAAUGGAAAGACAGUGAAAAGCAGUCAGGAUUUAGUGGAAUGGGUUUUGUUAUCCAAGAAGUGAUGGUCCAUACUGAGCCUACUCCUGUGACUCGUGGUGAAACUCAUUACAACAUGGCUGGAGCUUCUUGGAAUGUUCGGGAUUUGCUAGAAGUUUUUUCUCGAAAUUUGAAUCAUCGUUGGUUUUGUCUUGCACACCUUUUCACAGAUCAGAAAUUUGAUGGUGGAAUACUAGGUCUCGCAUACGUUGGCUCUCCUCGUAGAAAUUCAGUUGGUGGCAUAUGCAGUCCAGGUUAUGUGAAAAAUGGGUAUACACUCUAUCUGAAUUCUGGUUUGAGUACAUCCAGGAACCAUUAUGGGCAAAGAGUUAUAACAAGGGAAGCAGAUUUAGUCACAGCACAUGAAUUUGGUCAUAACUGGGGUAGUGAACAUGAUCCAGAUUUACCAGAAUGCUCUCCAGAUGGAAGACAUGGUGGUUCCUUUUUGAUGUAUACAUAUUCUGUCAGUGGGUACGAUCCAAACAAUAAAAAUUUUCACCCUUGUAGUAUUCGUUCUGUUCGUGCCGUUUUACUGGAGAAAGCUAGCAAGUGCUUCUCAAAACCAGAAGAAUCAUUUUGUGGUAAUUCACUUGUUGAAGAGGGUGAAGAAUGUGAUGCUGGAUUCAUUGGAAGUGAGGACAAUGAUCCUUGUUGUGACAGUGCAUGCAAAUUGAAAGUUGGAGCUAUAUGCAGUGACAAAAAUGCACCUUGCUGCCGUAAUUGUCAGUUGGUUCAUCGAGGAACAAUCUGUAGAGAAUCUCAACCAAGUGCUUGCAAAAAAGAAGCUUUUUGCUCUGGAGAAUCUCAAGAUUGCCCAUCAUCAUUUCCUCAACCUGAUGGCUCUCCUUGCUUAGACAGGGGCAAGUGCAGAGGUGGAGAGUGUGUUCCUUUUUGUGAAACUCUUGGUUUGCAUUCUUGUCUGUGUGAUAGAGAAGAGGAUGCAUGUAAGCGAUGUUGCAGACCAACUCAAAAUUCCACAUGUCGCCCAAUCGAACCUACUGAAAUUCUGAGAGAUGGUACUCCUUGUAUACAUGGCUACUGUGAAAAUGGAGAGUGCAAGAAAACUGUUCAGGAUAUUGUGGAGAGAUUUUGGGAUAUCAUUGAGGACAUUAACAUUAAUACCGUCAUGAAAUUUCUAAAUGACAACAUUGUUGGAACAGUGGUCCUAGUUUCUCUUGUGGUUUGGAUUCCUUGUAGUUGUCUUAUCAGCUAUGUUGACCGCAAGCGAAGAGAAGAAUAUGAUAGAGUUAUAAGAGGGAAGACAAAAAGAGAGAGCACUAAGCCAUUUAGAUUACCAACUGAAAAAGGAACUCGUGUGAUUCAUAUUAAACGGCAAAAUCGCUUUCGACCUGAAACAUCAGCUCGUAAUUCUCAACCUUCCAAAGAAUGUUACCGCUAUUAUGGUGAUCACAAUGAUCGUCUUUUUCCGAGAGCAACAUACAGACCAGAGCCUUCACCUCAGCAUCAUUAUGCUCAUUCAGAUUCUGAGUAUUAUACUCGACAGAGACAUUUCCCACAUAUAAGGAGUACACAUGGAGCUGAAGACUCUCAUUCUCCUCGUCCUAGACCACCCAGUGUAGUCACAGAAGCCUUUACAGCAUUGUGACACAUGAGACAGUGUGUAGAUAGGGCUGCUGCAAGAAUAGCUCAGGUACAAGCCAAAAAUUGAGUGCUCAGUAUGAAGCACAUAAAAAGGCUGUUUUCUUGAGUGAGUAAUGAAUUUGCAGUAUUACCUAUCUACACACCACUUUUUCUCUGUGAUAUUGAUUUUAAUUUCUUUGAAACACAAAGUAACUAGCAAUUGAAUUUAAAAUGUUACUAGAUAAAUGUUGGUAGGGGCUGUUUUCUACUUAAAAUUCUUUUAUAAGCUCUAUGUACAAAUUGUUUAUUCAUUUGAUUUGUAUGCAAACUCUUAAUUCACAUGAGCAUUGUGAAAAGAUAAUAUCUUUCUGUAUUACUGUGAGGCAUUUAACUUUAAUGUGUUUACUACUAGUUAAAGGUUUUAUAUGAUGUUAACGUAAUUGCUGAUAUAAUGUAGAUUCUUAUGAGAUUGUACAUUCUAGAGCUAGUUAGGCCAGUAUCUUUUUAAAUAGUGCCAUAAGAUAAUAAAUAUGUAAUGUAUGCUUCUUUUUUAUUGUGGGUGAACUCUGCAAAUGUGAUUUAACAUUUUCAUUGAAAUUUAAAAGUUACCCAUGUUGUUCCUAGUUUAUUAUUGAUUUUGAAUGAAAGGAAUCACUGUGCAACGAAAUCACUGAAUGAAAGGAAUCAAUUUGUGAUGCAGGCUGAGUGCUAGAAGUUGUGCAAGUUUGUGUCUCAAAAUGUAUUCAUACUUUUCAUUUUAAAUUCAGCACAAAACUGUCAUGUGUGAGAGGCUUUAGUUUAAUAUUUUUGUAAUUCUUUGACAGUGGACACUUCUGUAUCUUUUACUUAAAGUAAUUACUAAUAAAUAUUUUCAUUUAAAAUAUUUAAGCUACUUAAGCUGAAAGUAAAUGAAAUACUUCACUAACUUUAGAAUUCAUAGGUGUUAUUCUUUUAUUUCUUUCAUAACAAAUUCUUUCAUUGCAUUUGAACAAAAGUUUGUAUAGUUUUCAUUGUCAUUGUCAUGGUCUACAUAAUUCUUCAAAGUAAAAACAUUUAAUGAAAAAAACUGAUAAUCAAACUGAGGUAAAUUGAAGUGGGAAAUACUUAAUUCCUUAUAUUAUGCAAGUUUAUGACUGUUAGAAAGAUCAUUAAAUGAAAAAAGGAACAGGAAUCAAAAAUUUAAAUGCAAAAUAUAUGUAAAACAUUUUGAAUUUGCCCUUAAGAAUAAGGCCAAAGUAACCGGGUUUUUCCCAACCCAGUGUGGGACAAAACAUUAUUAAACUAAAUUAGGGUUAUUGGAGCUUUACUUGGUGUCUGUAAUUUUUUAUUAUUAUUAUUAUUAUUAUUAUUUCAUGCUCGGAAUCUUAAGUUUGAUUUACUGAGCGAAUUUGUAUUUUGAGAACUGAUGACUGAUUUAUUAAGUGUUGUUAAUUCUUCUCUGGAGUCUUGAUCUAUGAGUAUUAUGAAAUUCUAGGAAUAUGGCAUAAUGAUAUCUUGGAAAUUAGGCUUAGGCUACUUCUAAUAUUGAAAAAUAUUGUAUGUUGAUAUUUUCUGUUUUCAGGUAAAUGAGGUGUUGAGAUUUUUCAUAAGGUAAAAAAGAUACCCAUUUUAGAUAUGAGUUCAAAUGAAGUUUCAUAAUUAUUCAAAAUGUAUUUUGAUUUAAUACGAGGCACUAGAGAAGAAUAAUAGUUUAUCUUACUCUCCAAAUAUCAAAAUUCACUGUGUUUUAAUAUGGAUCACUUGUUAAAGAUUUUAACUGUCCUGCACCAAUUAGUCCAACUUAGGUAAUAGCUAAAAGUUUCUUGUAUUAAAUUUUGAGCAUAACACCUUGCAGGUUCCCUGAAGCUGUGUAAAAAGCACAUUUGAUAAAUGUAUUUCUAAUCCCACAAAAGCAUUUUCAUGACUGUAUUGAGUGACUGUAAAAAAUUGAUGUUAGUUAUAUAUUUGUCAAAUCCAAGAAUGUUUGAAGAAUAUGGAAUGUUUUCAUAUAUGUGUUCUGAAGCGAGACAUUGCAUUGAAAUGAGGCAUUGCCCCACAAUUUGGGGCACAUGGUCCUCUUAACUCAAAUGUAUUUGAUAUAUGAUUGUAUUUUUUUUAAGUUAAACAUUUGGUGAAAUUCGUAAUGAUGCAGUUUGAAUAUGCCAAUCCCUGUUUUGCUAGCGUCUGAUAAAUUGUACACCAGCCUGUAGCUUCAAAUUCUAUUAUAUCUCCAGUAGUACUGAUAAAAAGCCCACUCUAGAGUUUGGAAUUUUAUUAAAAUUAAUGCUGCCAUAUAAUUUAAACUAUGAACUGUGGUGCCUGAUAAUACUAAGCAACUAACAGCAGUUACAAAUAGAUGGUGUAAUAGUUUAGUAAUCAUAUAACAAUAUGAAUAAUUGCAAUUAUUUUGAAAUAUAAAAAGAUUUUAGGAGUUUUCAAAAAAAAAAUUCUGCAGACUUUGAAUAUAUUUGGAAAUUUUAAGUAUCAAUUCCCCCCUCCAGUUUUACUGUUAGAUUAUUCUUCAUAUUGAGAUAACUAUAAUAUACCUGCUACUAGAGUAUUUGCAAAAAAUGCACUGCAAAGUAAUUCUGUUCUAAAAUUCAAACUAGAACUUUGGAUUGUAAAUUAUUAUCCUUCAAUUUUACUUAAUAAAUAAAAUAUGGACUACGAUUUAUCACACAUCAACUAGCAGCCCAAAAAUAAUCCUGUUCAAAUAUUUCAUUUCAUUUGUAUAAAGCAGCUGCUUUUAAUUUUUACUUGAAAUGUGCCUAAGAUUUCUGUGCUGCACCAGGAUUUUAUGAAAAUGUUAAUAAUGCAUACUGAAAAUUGCAGAAAGCAAUACAUGUCUUCAAAGUUUUGUGAAAAAAGUUGACAAUAAAAAUCAAUAGAAAUGCUGCUGCAGUAAUUUACAAAGUAAAGUUUAAGUUAUACAAAACCAAAUAAAAGUAAACUCAUUGGAACUUUUCCUUUCCACCCAGUCACCCUGGACACCAGUUCUGUGUUUAAUAGAUUUGAUUAUAAACUUGCAUUACCCAAGCCUCAUCCAGCUGGAAAUUGUUAAAAUCAGUCAUCACAACAGAUACUUCAGGUGUGUACACUAUUCAAUGUGCAGCAAAGAUACAAGCACAGAAACUCAGUAUAUUGAAUCAAUAUCUAGAAAACUAUUAGUAAGAAUUGCUGACAACCAGUUCAUCAAUGUAAAUAGCACAUCUUUAAGAUUAAAUGCUUCUGAGAAUACCCGUACUCUGAACAUUAUUAAGCAUAACAAAUUGCUUAAUUAUCUAAAUAAACUGUUGUUAUUCAGAAUAGCAAGAGAUGAUGAAUUUACUUCAGAGUAAUGUCUAUGGAGAAAUGAAAGUUAAUAAUUAGUAAUCAUAUAAUAAUUAGUUUUAUGUAUGACAUAUUUUUUGAAUGUAUAUUUACUUUAAAAAUGUACACUAAUGUAUUCUGGUCAGUAAUCUGUUUUCAAGCAUUGAAUUGUCAGCCUGCAUGUGAGCAGGUUUAUAAUGACAUAUUAUUAUUAAUAUAGUUUCAUUGUGACUUCAAGCAAAAGAUCUUGUAAAAAGGAAGGACAAGAGAAAGUGAAUUUUUUUAAUGUUAUAGAAAUUAUGAGAUAUCUAUAUAAGGAAAAUAUAAUUCUCUGUAGUAUUACUGUCUAAAUUAUUUGCUUAUGCUAUAUUAGCUUAUUUUAUGCUCUCCUCUCAAAGCUGACUGACUUUGAUUGCUUUCACCAACUUCAAAAAUUUUGCAGGAAAAGUCCAUAAUAAAUUUGUGCAAAAUAAAUGUUUUUCUUCUGCAAAAGAAAUAUAUUAGCAAAUUCAUUUUGUUGGUUAGCUUCAUGCUAAAAAGUGCAGCACAGGCCAUGUUGGUCUUAAUUCAGUGUUGUGUGGCAGCAAUAUUAUUUUGUACUCAUAGUGGUUGUAUUCAUUAACCACUUGCUUUAAUGCAGUGGAUUGUGCACUAUAGUAGAUAUUUUUAAAUAAAUAAAAAUGUAUAUAUAUAUAAUAACUCACGCACUUUUAAAUGCUCUGUUUUCUGCUGAGUAACUUGUAUUUUAAUAUGUCUGUAUUUGUUGAUGCUCUGAAGUUCAUGAGAUCCAUGUGCAUAAAAGUAUUUUUGUUGAUUGACUGUCUUUUGCAACAUGUGUUCUGUAAUGAUUACUGUACAUUUCCUCAGCAAAAGAACAAAAUUAAAACUCUGUGCUGAUAUAAGAAUAUUUUAAAUGUUGCAGUUUAAAAUCCUGUUUAAUGUGAAAAAUGUUUGUUUUGAUGUUAUAUAUCUUUCUGUAGUAUUUGAAGAAAUAUAUUUGAGCUUUAAUAUAUUAAUGUAUAAUAAACAAGAAUUUUUACAUUU